AUGGUUUCGGAGGCGCCUGGUAACGGUGCCAGCAGCCAGAAAGGCCUGAUAGACAGCCACCAACAAACACCACGGCCCCCAGCCCCACUGAGCUCUGGCGCCGGGGCUGACAGCUCCAAGGCAAGUCCCCGCACGCCGGGCCCGGACGGCGGCCCCGACGGCGAGCGCUGGGCGCAGCUGGAGGAGGAGAACAGCAGCCUGCGCGAGCUGGUGGAAGACCUGCGCGCAGCGCUGCAGAGCAGUGACGCGCGCUGCCUGGCGCUACAGGUCGGCCUCUGGAAGAGCCAGGCAGGCGCCCCGGAGGUGGAGGCCGAGCGCCCUGAGCCCGAGGCCGCCCCGGGCAGUGAGCCCGAGGCCGUGGAGCGGGAGCUGCGACAGGCCCGGAACGCCCUGGAAGCGGCCGAGGCCCGCGCAGGGAGGCUGCGCCAGGGCCAGGCAGAGGUCCGGCGACGCGCAGAGGAGGCCCGGCAGGCGGUCCUGCACAGUCUGGGCAGGGUGCGCGAGCUCGAGGCGCUGGCGGGCCAGGUGCCUGGCCUGCAGCACUGGGUGCAGCAGCUGGAGGGCGAGCUGCAGCGCUACAGGUCAGGGGGCACCCAGCUCCCAACCCUACCACGAGCCAGCCCAGACGCCAAGAGCGAUGAGCCUGUGGACAGCGGGCCCAGAGGCCCAGAGGCCCCUCCGGACUGCAGCUCCGGGAGCAGAUUCUUUGAUGAAGUGGACGGGCAGCUGUUCCGCUCCGUGGAGGGCCAGGCCGCCUCUGACGAGGAGCAGGAGGAGGAGGAGAAGUGGCGCGAGGGGCAGGGGCCGCCCGAGGUCCGGACACUGCUGGCCCGCCUCUCCAGCCUCGACAGUGGGUGCGACGACCAGACGGCCAAGAAGCUCAUGACUUACUUCGGCCACUGUGGCGGGGCCGGCCACGCUCGGGCACCGGGCGGGCUGGAGGCCCGCAUCGCCGCGCUGGUGGAGGGACUGGAGAGCCGGGCCCCCACAGGGAAGACCGCGGGGCCGCCCGAGGAGCAGUCAGGCAGCAUCACCCUCUAUGGCAUCGGGUUUCUGCUCCCCAAGACCGCCCUGACCCACAGCCUGCAGAGCCAGGCCCUCACCAAGCCUGCACUCAUGACCGCCUGA